UUCAACAAAAAAAACUGUAAUACGUCUCACAUGGGAAUGCUGAUUGGUUACGAGGGCUAUAUUUGCAGCUAGUAAAGUAACUUAUAUCCAUCUAACUUGCUUGACACGUGUUUACUCUUGUGCUAAUUUCAUUAUAUGGAAGGUUUUAUAUAGAUGUGACUUCUAGUGAUGAAGGCUCAGGUGUAUUUAACUUAAAUUACACAAUUUUUCAUAUUUUGUUUUAAACUAUUUUUUAAAAAGAGACUACAGAAAUUGUAAACAGUGUUGGGUUUUUUCCCCAGGUGAAAACGAUGCUAAGAAUUUAUGUAACACAGAACAAACAGAAGAUCAGUGGCUAAGAAAUAUGCCAGAAGCUGCAGAGCAGGAAAUAUGUGCCAAUAUAAGUAAAGCAGGUGAAUUCACAAACUGCAAUAAUCCUAGUCAUGAUCAGAGUGCAGAUGCUUCUUUACAUCUUCUUCAAAAUCAAAGACGCCACAUGGGCAAUUUGUGUUCUGAAUGUGGGAAUUUUUUUCUUAAGAAAUCUCAUCAUUAUAGAAAUUUGAAAAUUCAUACAGGAGAAAAUCCAUUUUCCUUUUCUAUAGGCGGGAAAUGUUUUAACUGUAAAAUAAAUCUUGUUGCUCAUCAGAAAAUUUAUACAGGAGAAAAAGGAUUUUCAUGUUCUGACUGUGGGAAAUGUUUUACUCAGAAAUCAAAUCUUAUUAUGCAUCAGAAAACUCAUACAGGGGAGAAAGGAUUUUCAUGUUCUGAAUGCGGGAAAAGUUUUACUCAGAAAUCAACUCUUAUUACGCAUCAGAAAAUUCAUACAGGCGAGAAAGCAUUUUCAUGUUCUGACUGUGGAAAAUGUUUUACUCUAAAACCAGCUCUUAUUAACCAUCAGAAAAUUCAUACCGGGGAGAAAGAAUUUUCAUGUUCUGACUGUGGGAAAUGUUUUUCUCAGAAAUCAAAUCUUAUUACGCAUAAGAAAAUUCAUACAGGUGAUAAAGCAUUUUCAUGUUCUGACUGUGGGAAAUGUUUUAUAAAGAAAUCAAAUCUUAUUAUGCAUCAGAAAACUCAUACAGGAGAGAGAGGAUUUUCAUGUUCUGAAUGCGGGAAAUGUUUUACUCGGAAAUAAAAUCUUAUUACGCAUCAGAAAAUUCAUACAGGGGAGAAAGCAUUUUCAUGUUCUGACUGUGGAAAAUCUUUUACUCUGAAACCAACUCUUAUUACGCAUCAGAAAAUUCAUACAGGGGAGAAAGCAUUUUCAUGUUCUGACUGUGGGAAAUGUUUUACUCAGAAAUCCAAUCUUAUUAUGCAUCAGAAAAUUCAUACAGGGGAGAAAGGAUUUUCAUGUUCUAAAUGUGGGAAAUGUUUUACUCAGAAAUGUACUCUUAUUAGGCAUCAGAAAACUCAUAUUAAAAGAAAUCAGAGCUUAAUCUCCUAAAUGCAGAGGGUGACAUGUAGUUGUCAUCCACACAAUACCAACUGCUGAGGAUGACUACAUGUGACCCCCUGGGGCGUGCAGUUUUGGAGCUGUUUGAGGCCCCUUCUGCACCUCAAGCGUUUAUGAGGUGGCCCAGUGUAUUUGCCAUCCCUAGGGGGGAUAAAGGGUCCCUAUAUAAGUUAUACAUUUAAC